UGACGUUAGACAGGGGUGUUAGCCAGUCGAACCAAAUCAUCGGUUUGCAAGGACAAGGUCUCAUGAGAAUGGAUGUUUACAGUAGUAGAGAGCAUCCCUCAGAAUCUCACCUACCCCUCUGGAGCCCCAUCCCAUGUAUCCACAUAUACAGGGCUGUCCACUUUGCUUAAGAAUGCUCAGUCUACUAUAGAAAUUGCCUCAUUUUAUUGGACAUUACAAAACACUGAUGUUCCGCCUUUACCUGCUGAUCCUUCAUCAUGGGAGGGCCAGAGUUUAUUUGAUAUGCUGUAUAAGGCUGGCAAAUUCCGGAAGAUAAAGAUCAGGAUAGCUCAGAACAAACCCACAGACCUGUAUCCUCAGAUAGAUACAGAGAUCCUGGCUAGCCAAGCUGGUGCAGAGGUGAGAUCUCUUGACUUUGACAAACUUGUUGGGGCAGGGAUUCUUCACACCAAAAUGUGGCUAAUUGACAGGAAGCAUUUCUAUGUGGGCAGCACUAACCUGGACUGGCGAUCUCUAACUCAGGUGAAGGAGCUGGGAGGAGUGGUACAGAACUGCAGCUGUAUGGCAGAGGACAUGGGGAAGAUAUUUGACGUGUACUGGUAUCUAGGCGCCAGUUCCAAGGUGCCUGCUGAUUGGCCAGCCUCCUACAGUACGCAGAUUAACAGCACUCAUCCUGCGGAGAUUACAUACAACGGUCAGCCAGCCUCAACCUACCUCUCUAGCUCUCCAGCAUCAUUUUGCCCAAAAGGUCGCACUGUGGAUAUUGAUGCUAUCAUUCAAGUCAUUCGAGAGGCACAAGAGUUUGUCUUUGUGGCAGUCAUGGAUUAUCUCCCUGUCAUUGUUAACUACAGCGGUAAACCCAGCAAGUUUUGGCCAAUCAUUGACGAUGAGCUUCGUCGUGCUGCCUUUGACCGCCAGGUACAAGUCCGUGUGCUGGGAAGUUUGUGGAACCACACAGAUCCUAGCAUGCUGAAGUUUCUUACCUCACUCUCUGAGAUCAGCAGGACAGGUCAGGGUUCCAUAGAAGUGAAAAUGUUUAAGGUACCAACUUACACGGAGGCACAGGCCCGGAUUCCAUUUGCGAGAGUUAACCAUAACAAGUACAUGGUGACUGAGCGAUCGGCUUACAUUGGAACGUCUAACUGGUCAGGAGACUACUUUGUCAGUACAGGAGGUAUUGGACUGAUUGUGACACAGCCUAAGCCAGAGGAGGAGGGGGUCACUAACUUACCUGUCCGUCAGCAGGUAGAGGACAUCUUCAGGAGAGACUGGGACUCCAGGUAUUCUCAACCUGUGGAAGACCUUAAUCCUGUAGGGUAUGAGGUGAAUGGCCUGUAGGCCAGGUAUUCUGGUGGCAUAGAUGGCAUAAAAGUUGAAAUCAGGCUGGCUCAUUUCCAAUUUUCUAUCUCUUGCUAAUUUUGUCAGAAAAGGGUGUCUCAAAGAGGCUGAGACAAAACCGUGGCUAAACCUUUGUCCAGAUGAUUGUAAAGGGCAUGUCCAUAGAAACAGCUGAAUGGAUGGAAUUUCUCAACAGUGUUUAUAGUAAACUGUGCAAAAAGAAGGUUGGUACGAAAUUGUGCUCUACAGAGCCAAAGCCCAAUUGGUACUCAUGACUGUUCUUAGUUCACUGUCAGGAUUUUAUGGUAAUAGUAUACUGUUUUCUUUCUUGAAAAAAAAGCACAGUGCAGAUGGAAACCUGGAGUAAACUGCUAUGCAGGCAAAACUGUCACAAAGUGAAACUGAAAGUAUCAAUUGCAUGGAUGGAAAAUUGUAUACGUUAAAUGUGGAGAGGUGUGCAUGUGCAACUGCAGAAGGGAUGUCAAACUCUUUUGUUACUAAAGGUAAAAAAAGUCCUACUAUAUCAUGUGACUUAAUUGUCAAAGUUGUUCAGCAACUUUUGUUGAUAUUAAUUUACCUGUCACCUGUAUUCAGAAGGCACAAAUGACACCUCUUUGCUUUAAACCUAAGUUUACAAACGCUCAGCUCCUCAAGUGUCUCCCAUCGUUCGUCUCCAUUAAAUAACAGUUUGUGAAGCUUUUCAGAAACCCAUGUUGCAGUGAAUGCGAUCAAAAAGUUUUCUAAUAUACCUGACAGUUGACAGAAGUACUUUUUUACCUUUAAUGAUUCAGACUCAAAAUUCCAUCGUUGUGCAAGAGCAUUAUGAUUGUGCUAUGAUUUUCUUAAAUGUAAAAGUAAAUAUAUUUAAGGUCACCUUUUAGACCAAAUUGGAUAAAAACAUUCUGAAUUCGUACAUGUACAUUAUUAUGGACAUAAUCAAUACUGUAUGAAAAAAAUGGCUUAAAGGCCACCAAAAAUUGUCAGCCCAAUAGGCUGUUGCCACAGUUUUGUAUAUGCAUUAUAAUAUUAGCAUUAACUUUUCUACGUUCUGAUAGAGAGGAAGAAAAAUACCAUUAUUCAUAUCAAAUUCACAAUCAAAUUCACAGUCUAAACUAUGCAGUUAUGGAAUAGCUCAACAGCUGAUUUCAAAGUACUGGUGCUCAAUCAUAAUGCAAGACUUGCUUUUACAUCAAGUAUUUAUUUUUAUACCUUAGAUCUUGGAGCACACAUGAAUUUGGAGAAAGAAUGGAUGGUUAUUUUAACACACAUCAAAUUCUGACGGAGUAUAUUUUAACUGCAUUGUGUAAACAUUCAUGUUUUUUUUUUAAUAAUAUGGGGCAGUUAAGCUACUAUCUAACAAAUGUAUCAUAUUCAGAUCUGGUCGAGGUCAUAUUUUUAUGUUUGGAAUUGCUAAGUCAUAGAAACCUCAUUAUUUGUGGUUCUAAUGUUAGAUUGGCAUUGUAACAUCUUUGCACAUUGGUAAUAAGCGUAGAUGUCAUUGUAUAUAAUCAUGUUCAACUGACUUUACCCAGUGUUAAUGGCAUGCAAAAAUAGUGCAUUUGUGUUUUCUUAUUACAUUACAUCAGGAAUACUUGAAUAGAACUGUUACAAAGCAAAACUUACAUACUUAGUCGGGCACAAGUGCUAAAUUCUACAUUCACAAGUUUAGAUACUUCCAUUUUACUGAUUUGCAGCAGGCGAAAUCUGGUGAUUUCUAUAAAUAUCUUUCAUAUUAUUUGUUGCUCAAUUCAUUUGGUUGUGUCGUUCAGUUUUUCUCAUUGAAUGAGAAACAUUUGCAUGUGUUAUAAGGGGAAUAUUAUAGGGAUACAAAAUCAAUGCUGAUUGGCUGACAGUGGGGAUGGGAUUUCCUGGGUUAAAACCUACAGCCUUGAAUAAUUCAACAAGACCUAAAAUUCAGCUUUGAUUAGGAAUAGACUUUGCAUCCCUAUCCCUCACAUCAGCCAAUCAGUGCUUAAAGCAGGGUUUCGCAUUGAUUUUAUCAUAUCAUGGAAAAUCCAACAUGAUACUUUUCCUCUUCAUUUCGCACCCAAAAUAUUUAUGAAGAAAAAAAAAACAUGUUCUGGAUUUGGCCCUGUGGCUAAAAAUGAUAGAGUUAUGAGGUGCAUGAAGUAGUUUCUUCUUUUUCUUCCUAGUAUUUGUAUCAUCACUAGCAUACAAUGUUUACACUUCUUUCAAAUUAGUCCUGUGUGUAUAAUAUGCUCAGUAUACAUUUCACAAUAGACAACUGCUGGAUGCGACUCAGUCUCAAGAUUAAAGAAACUGAGUCAGUUACAUAGAUAAUGUUAAGCUGAUGCGAAAUCUAGCAGAGGGGAAGGUGCUCUUAAAAGUGGCCCCACCUAAUAUCUUAUGCCCUAAAUGAAUUUCAGCCAUGACUAACUUUACCAAUUUUUCCUGAUUCUUGGAGUUCUUUUGAUUUUUGAAAGGUGCUUUGAGGUUUGCUUGGAACAUGGGCUGAUAUUCUGCUUGAAAAUUGUAAGUUUUAAUGAUGAAAAUAUUAUUUUGUGACAUUUAUUUGCCCCUAAAAAUGCAGUUUUGUGGGUGAAAUUUUUUUUUUUUUAGGUUUUCUAUUAUGGUUAUUAAAACAGCCACAAACCAUUGAGUUUAGGCCAUUCAGCUCCACCUUUAAAAAACUGAGUGUCGCCAUAUUUGUGAAAUAAACUUUUAUGUAUACAUCCUUACACAUCAAUUAUUGAGUAAGUAAACAAAUGUAAAAGCUCAAGUCUCAUUAUAAUGUCAUUGUGAGUAUUUCAAACAUCAGAUGGGGCCAAUUCACAAUGGGCUCUUUAGAGUUUAGAAAGUGAACAGAAGGCUAAUUUGUAGCCCCCGCAUUACUGAAUCAUUAUGAUAUUUUUAUUCGUUUACAUGCCACAAGCUUGUUAGAUAACUACAGUAGAUGUUAUUGAAAUACAUUUAAAUGGUUUAAGUUCGUUCUUGUAUAAAUGCUGUUUAAGUUUGUAAUCUAUGCUAGUCUGUAGUUUUCAAGUCAGUGGUUUAGUAAUAAUUUGACAAUAAUAUUAUUGUAGUACUAAAAACACAAGUUUGAAUCAGCAUUAACGGAUAUCCACAUUUAGCUGCUUCCUUAUUCAGUUAUAUGGCAAGCAUUGUUAACGUGAACACAGUCAUUUUUCUUUUUAUUUAUUUGAUUGGUGUUUUACGCCAUACUCAAGAAUAUUUCACUUAUAUGACGGCGGCCAGCAGUAUGGUGGGAGGAAACUGG